ACGGCGCUUCGAAGAGAGCGGCUGGCAGUUCGAAAGGCGCGCGCCGUCAAGCCGGUCGUGUCAUUCUCGGCUCGCGCAAAAACCAAUACUCACCAAUACGUAGCAUUUUCCCGAGUGUCGCACACCCAUACCAUAAGUUGAACGUGGUUUAUCAUCGUUUUUUUUUUUUUUUUUUUUCAUUUCCUUUCGAAAAUCAAUGCGGUAACACCUCGUGUUACUUAACAAACAGCUGUGCGGGCCACGUGUGCGCGUCGUACCUACGUUGUACUGCAGCAACAUUGGCCCUGACUUUGGAGCAUCGAUUCGUCGUGAGAAGCGAGUGACUAUAAAAGGGUGACCAGGUUUACAGGAGCAGCGCGUGCGCCAGCAUACCACCCUCGUGCGCAGUCGUAACCUUUUUUCGUUUAGCGAAGCUCGACUGAGCCAAGGGCCAACAUGUCGUCGAAUAACAUACCCAAUAAGUUUGAGAAAAAAAUGAUGCUCGACUCCACAUCCGUUCGCGAGUUGCUAAUAACGGCGCUGGCGGAGAUGCUGGGAACAGCCAUACUACUCUUACUGGGAUGCAUGGGGUGUCUCGGCGGCUUGACCUCGGUGCCCCCUCAUCUCCAGAUAACGUUGAACUUUGGCUUGACGGUUAUGUUGGUUAUACAGUGCUUUGGACAUAUCAGUGCAGCACAUAUUAAUCCAGCAAUGACAGUAGGUGCUGUGGUACUUGGCAAGAAGACUAUUCGCGAAGGACUGGUUUACUUUGUGGCACAAGCCUUUGGGGCCAUUCUUGGCUUUGGUCUGCUCAAGGUAGUGACACCAGUGGACUACCUGCGCGCUAGCCCAAACGCCUCUUUGGACUCGUUCUGCGUGACGGACCUCCAUGAAAACGUCCAUGCCAUCCAGGGCCUGUUAAUCGAGGGGGUGAGCACGGCGAUUCUCAUGCUGAUAGCUUGCGCUGCUUGGGACUCGCGGAACGCCCACAACGCCGACUCCGUGGCCAUAAAAUUCGGCUUGGCAGUGACGGCCCUGGCAACCUCGGUCGGGCCCUACACGGGCUGUAGCAUGAACCCCGUGAGGACAUUCGCGCCCGCGCUCUGGAACAAUUACUGGACGAACCACUGGAUCUAUUGGUUUGGGCCACUAGGGGGCGCUCUGCUCGCUUCCCUGGCCUACAAGGCGCUGUUCUCGCCUAAGGAUGAAGAGAUCGACACUCCGGAAAGCGUGGCUCUCAACAGCGUCGACUCGCGCAAGGCCGAGCACAUGUGAUUUUCACUCAUGAGACGAUCUCGAAUGAGACAAUCAUGUUCGUUCAUCACCACGUGGUAAUCUGGCAAAACAACAUCCCAACCGCGAGAAGAAUAAACAAAAAAAUCAAACUGAACCAGUGAAGGCAACUUGGCUUUAUUGAGAUUCCUUUUCGAAGUAGAUUAACAAAAAAUAUCAUGAUGCAAUGCUCAGUGAUUCGCAUGAAGGCGUUGGAUUAGACUGACAAUCGACGAUUUUGCAUUCAUUGACACAUGCAAAGUCGAGUAGUGGGAUUGACAAUAGAAUUGCGCUUUGGGUGUAAAAUUGCAAGAUUCGAAGGUAAAUUACAUUGUGUAUCGGUGCUGACACAAUAUUUUUAGCUCCAUUGAUUGUAAGUAUCCACCUAAAAUCUAAAUCGCCUACACUUUCAAAUUAUUAAGACUACCCAACGUGUUCUCUACAUUUUGUCGCCGUUUUUUGUCUUUGCAAUAAUACUGUGGAUUUUCGUGCUGAGAUUACAGUAUCAAAGCAUAAUUAUAACUUUUAUAAGAACUUAAAUGUUGAUUAUUAUUAUUUUUUUUUAAUAUUACCUCAUUUUAUCUUACGUAAAUUACAUAAAGCGAAAAUUUUACUUUGAAAUGUAAUAAAUUAAAGUUCAUACUAUGUUUCUUAUACCUGGAAUUGAGUUAAGCAAUAUUUCGUCUUAAGUCGUCUUUAACUAUUUGUAAAAAAUUUUUGUUCUAUAUAUUUUUACUUAAAUAUUUUUAAACUUUCGUCAAAUAUUAAUGUACCUCGAAUAUUUAGUUGUGGGAAUCAUUUAGAGUAAAUUAAUUAAUUAUCGUAUAUUUUUGUUGGUAUUUUACCAACAAAGUUUUUUAAAAAUAUCUGCAUGUACGUAUUUACACUCUAAAUUUUGUUAUUUAUGAUUUUAUACUUUUAAUUCAAUACCGUAAGAUUGACUCACAACGAAUCGGUGCUAACGUAUGCUUGACAAUAUAUACUAAGAGAUCAUUAAGAAUGAAAAUUUAUGGAAAAGCGUUUUACAAGUAAGAAAUAUAUUUUAUUAUGAAAUACAAAAAUUGUAAAAUUAAGCAAUAAAUGCGAUCAGUAUGGUGUAUUUUUAAACAUCAUGAAAACAUAAUCAAACUUUCCUAUGAUGUAUACAAUAUACGUAUGAAAUGAUAAUAAAGGUGUAAAUAAUAUUUUAACGAACAUUUUUAACGAAGACAUUGCUUAUUCUACACAUGGCUAGGUUAAAAAUUUCUUUUUAUAUACGUGAGACAGAUAAGCCUUAAAAGCAGCUGUUAUUAUAGAAAAAAUUAAACCGUGAAAGACGAUAAAUGAGAAUAAAGUACAGGGGUGUAGUACAAAUUAUCGUCAAAUAAGUAAUGUUUGUAAAAAUUUUUUAAAUUACUGACAAAUGAUUGACGAGAUUAAAAAUUAUUACUAAAAGCUAUAUUAAAUUUGUAACACUUUGUCGAAUUUUAUAUGAAGACCGAAGUAUUUUGAUGUAAAUCUGUACAUCUCCACAUAUAAAACAGCUGCAAAAUAUUGUAAACAUAUAAAAUUAUCUACAAAAACGAAGACGUAUGUACGAUUGCGAUUUUUAUCAUUGUUUAAUUAAAAUAUAAAUUUAUUCCUUUGAGUGAUGUGUUCCGAAACAAACAACAGUGGUGUUACUCUGUAAUAACUUAAACUGAAUGUUUAAGAAAAAUGUUUGAAAGCACAAUAAAUUAUUUUGCAUUUUGUGCUUUGUAAAUAAAUUUAACAUCUGCAUUUAUAGAUUACGCUAAAGAUUAGUAAAAACAUAUUUCUUCAGUUUUAUUAAAAAUUAGAUGUAAAUAAUAAAAAUCGAUUAAAUUAAUUUUUAAUUUCUAGUUACAUAGUGAUAAUUUCUUACAGUUGUGCGUAUUUUCUGACCAGCGAAAGAGAGAUGUAAGAUCAUGUGCACAACAGAGGCAGAAAUAAAUAAUGCUUAUUUGGCAUAUAUUUGUCGCUCUCAACUUUGAUUUCGUCAACCAAUCCGCCGUCAUAAGCAGAAAUGCGGUAUCUACAAAUAAAACGUUGACAAGUUUUUGAAACUGCCACAAUUAGUUUACUGUUCGUUCUUACUUAGAUUUGAAACAUAGAAAAGUAACGAAUAUACUCACGCUAACACGGACAUUUCUUAGAUCGCUGCAUAAAACUAGGGAAAAUAACAAGAUCCACUCAUUACGUAAUUCGUCGAUGCCACAGUUGUCCUUAUGAUGGCAGUAUAAAUAUACAAUUGUAGACCUUCUUUAUUUUAUCACACUUCAGUGUAGUACACACAAGUGUAUUAUACUGCUUUUUUUAACCAAGUAAAAUAUUAUAGAGGUUGUAUUUAAUAAAUUGAAUUCAUAUAACAUUUGAAUAAAAAUUUGAAU